AUGAAUGGCGGUUCGGGAGCCAUGUCGCCUGUCUCUGUCGAUGGUAGCGACUGGUCCGGCUUGAACCAGUAUGGAAAGUCGGAAUCGCCCUUCUCGCCCACAUUCCCUACGUCUCGGCCCAACCUAGCCACCCCUCCGCUCUCUGGCGUCCCCGGCACACCCACCGCACCUCUAAGUCCCAAUGGGCCACCCCCUUCACUCUCACCCUCCAACUUGAGCAGCAAUCCAUCCCCGCCCAGUUCGGUCGCCGCGAGAUCCAGUGUCGGAACAGUAGGGAAAGGCCCGCGCGAUGAAAGACGAUAUCGCCAGAUGGAGGAGAUCCUUGGCAAGCACUAUGUGGUCUUCAGAAGAUUCCUAGAGGGCACGGUGAACGACGAACGUGGGAAGUCGAACAAAGCCAGAGAUAAACUACUGCGGUUGUCACCAACCCAGUUCCACGAACUUUCCACGGACGUUUUCGAUGAAUUGAUCCGGCGGCAGCAGGCCUCGCCGCCUCCCGGCCGACCACCUCGCACAGACGUGCCUCCCUACCUACCACCUCGCGCUGAUUUUCACGAGAAACGCAACCAUGCUCGCCAAAGGCUCGCCGCGCUUCAUCAUGUGCGGUUCCGAGAUUUGGCGACCGAUGUGUUCUGCGAGCUAGAGCGCCGCUUCCCGCAUUUCACCAGUCGAGAUUACCGUGGCCCCCCGGGUCCCAACAUGGGUCCUCCAAGCGCUCGUACUUCGCAGUCUUCCCGGGGCCCUCCUUCGCGCAUGGGCCGAGGAUAUCCCUCGGGUGGCCCGCCGGGCAGUCCAUUCCCACCGCGUAGCGGCUCCAUGCAAGGCCCACCGUCUGCGAAUGGAGACGGACCGUUCCCUCGGUCUUUCCAAAGCAACACGAUGGUCCCGAACAAAAGUACAAUGGUUGAAGACAGCGACGACAUGGGACCGGAAGACGAAGAUGAUGCUCGCAGCGAUGCGUUCGCUUUAGAUGCUGUUCUGAGUCGACGGGGUACCACAACGACAUUGGGUGACAAUGAGCGAAGACUGUUGGUGGAAAGCCAAACACAGGUAUCCGCUUUGCAGGAUAAGAUCGAAAAACUGGAAGAAUUGGUUCGCGCCAAGGACGAAGAGCUGGCUCAAUCCGCACAAGAUGCUGAUUCCUCCGGCAUCAGCCACAGCGAGCGUCAGGAGUGGGAUGACUUGCGCCACGAUCUCGAGACCAAGGUCUCAAAAGCGGAGAAUUUGAACAGCUCGCUCCAGGUUGAGCUUGAGCGCGUUCGAGCAGAGCGUGAUGCCAUGGAACAGGAUCUCCGUAGCCAGCCCGAUGACUCGUCUCGUAGUGUCGAGUAUACCGGCCUGCAAGAGCGCUAUUCUGAUUUGGAAAACCAGCACCUGAAUCUUCAGGCAGAGCUACAGCAGCAAAAACAGAUUACCGAUGAGGUCCGCCGGGAGGCAUCGGCUUCCUUUGUGGAAAUCAAGAAUCUCAUAGCAGAGAGUCAUACUAACUGGGAGCGCGAAGAACAGCUCUCCAAUGAAGUCCACAGACUGGAGGCCGACGCAAACGAGUGGAAGCACCGCUACGCCAAGGUCAAGUCGCAACUGCGGCAUCUUCGAACGUCCUCCGGUGGAUUUGCCGACUCUCGGCCCGACGCCAGUGUUCUCACCCAAGAGCACGAGCUGGUGCAAGUCGACGGGUUGGUCAAGAAUAUCCAUGUGACCAAAUUUCAGAUGUCAGUCGACGAGCUCCUCCGAGUCGCUCGGUUCGAGGAACCGCGCGUAGUGCUUCAACAGAUUAAGAUGGUCGUUGUGGCAGUUCGUCAUAUUCUCCAGGACGUGGAUCACUCCUCUGAUGGAUCAGCUGCUCUGUGGACCAAGGCCAAGGGCCAAGUGUCCACCACUGCAAACAACCUGAUCACCGCUACGCGCAACUUUGCCAGUUCGAGCGGUCUGUCGCCGGUGUCACUCCUUGAUGCCGCGGCCUCGCAUCUCUGCACCGCUAUCAUUGAGCUGAUUCGGGCAGUGAAGAUCCAGCCAUCGACCGCUGAUGAUCUGGAAGAUGAACAUGAUGAGGUGGAUGUCUCACAGGAGCAAUUCCCUGACUACUUCGAUACCUCCGCCAGCCAAAAGCGGAUGAGCAAUAACUCUGUUUAUAGUGCUAUGAGCCAACCAGACGAGUCUCAGUUCCCUGCACAGAAUGGACUCACAAAUGGCAUCAACCAUGGCUGGGGACAUGUGCAAGAGGAUCACGAGGUACUAGAGCUCAAGCUGUACGUCGAAGAUCAAACGGAUGGCAUGGUACAAUCCAUCCAAGCACUGGUAGCCAGCAUCCGCGCUGAGGACAACCUCCAAACCGUGCAAACGCAUGUCUCCGCCAUAUCCAGCGUCGUCAAAAAUGUUGUCGGCGCUACGCAGCACCUAAUGCACGAGCGCAGUGCCGACGCUGCCCUCCGCGAGGCCUCCGAACCCGCCAUUGUCGCCCUAGAAAAAUGCCACAACCGCCUAGAAACGACCGCCAAAGAUGGCGAGGACGCCUCAACCCCGGAGCAAUUGCGUGAAAUCACCAACAAACUCCCGCCGAUUGCAUUCGAGAUCGCGAGACAGACCAAGGAUCUCGUCCAGCGCCUCGAAGCGACCUACGAGGAGGAAGAGGAGGAUUUUCGGUAA